AUGAUGAGUGAGGCGGGAAGGGACAACGCCGACGCCGGGGCGCGAGGCCGCGGCGAGGAGGGCCGUGAACGACAGGACGCCGUUCAGGAGGGAGGCGAGGGGCGACUGGCGGAUCGAGCGGCAACCCAAGACGAGAAGCGAAGAAAGUCGCGGAGAAAGACGGCCAUGAACAGGGACGCGGGGCGAUCCGCGGACCCGAGUAUCCCGGGGGGCCCUGUGGGCGCCGUCGAGUCGCUUCUGGCGGACAUCGCGGCCUCUGAGAAGCAUCACGACUUGCUGGGGGAGACGCACAGCUCGCCGGGGGCCGUGCCAGCCAGCAGAAGCGGAGUGACCUCGGGGGGUCUCUCCGACCCCGCGCCUUCGCUCCUCGCGCUGCCCAUCACUGACGGCAAGACCAAGCGACCUGCGUACCGGACCCGCCACAGUGGGCGAGUGACUGCCGGCGCAGCCGAGGAGUUUGGCGCGGGAAGCAAGCGGCCGUCAGCGGCUACGCUGGGUGGCGCCUUUGCCUGCGACUCUGACCGCGGCACUGCAGGCUCGGCGGGCUCGCCGUCGAUGAUCGGCGCGCGUGGACGGCGUCUCUCAGAGGCCGAGAAGUCCUGUCUCUUCUCCGACACGCCUCCGAGCGAGCUCCCCGCUGCGGGUGCCUGCGGGUCGGAAGGCGAGGCGCUGUUUGCCCAGGGGUCGCUCCGCGAGGAACUGGAGACGGUGCUCAGUCUAGGGCUCCUGUACCUGAAGCGAGAGCGCGAGCUGGAGGCGCCGCUCCAAGACGACGCAGCGUCUCCGGUCGGCUCGCGCAUUGUCUCCGUGGACAGCGUGGAGCGCGACGGAGACGACUCCGCGACCGCGGGAUUCAGGCCGCUCCGCGAAGAGGGCGACAGGGCCGAGGUCUCUGCGAACGUGGCAGCCCUCUUGGGUGCCGACAAACUCCGCGCAGAGGCGCUCGACUGCGUCGCCCUCAGUCUCGCGAGCCAGCCCGACGAGGCCGCGUCUGAGGGGACUCCCAGGCUCGCGUUCGGCACCGACUUGUGCCGCGCCAGCCCGACUCAGACCUCGCGCACGGCUCUCGAGAGAGACCCUGGAGCCCUGCGCAGCGGCAGGGGUGGAGAUCGCGGAAGAGUUGGGUCGCGAACCGCGGGCGCGAGCCCCGGGGCCUCGUGGGCUUCGGAGACCCAGCCCAAGGGGAUGAGCCCCGAGUGGACGGCGAGCGCCCGCGCCGACGAAAAGGGCGAGGCGAGACACCCGCGGAGCGCCGACCACAAUGGCGCCGACGUGGAGCCCAAAGAAACUCGCAGAGGAGGUGGAGAAGACGGAGAGGAGACAGACACCGCAAGCGAACGCAGGCGAGACGCAGAAGGCGUCAAAGGCAGCGGAAGCAGCGGCACAGUCGGAGCUGCGGAAAGACGCCUCGGCGUCCACUACAGCCGCUACGAUCGCUCCUGGGUCGCGAGAUACACACAAGGUAAGACAAGCGAGCCGCGAAGGGCGUCGGCGGCGCUGUCGUCGAGGAAGGGAGACGCAGACGCGCCUCUGUUGAGGAUUUCGUCGGGUAGACGUUGCACCACGGUGCACGACCGUGCGGUAAACCUUUUUGGUGAGCGGCUGCAGGGUCGCCGAGUGCAAGUGUUUCUGAUCGUAUCGCAACUGGCUGUCGACCGGGGCAGCGCCGGUGACAAGGUUCAAUGUGCGAUGCUUUUCCGAGGUUGCUCUGGUACCUCACCCUGUUGCCUCGGUGUAAUUCCUUCUCUGUGUCCUGCAGGAGGCCGCGUGCUGAAGAAGUACUUCUCCACCAAGGUGUAUGGACACGAGCUGGCUCGAGCGAAAGCCGUGGCCGCGAGGCUUCAGAUGGAACAGCAGGCGCGGGAAAACUGCGCCUCUGCGUCGCCAGCGCUCACGGCGAUGUCGUUGCCGUCGCAGCCGCCGCCGGCGUGCAGCCUGGUCCAGACGAAGGGUACGGGCGAGCAGGCAUGCGGAGGCGCGGCGCUGUCGCGGCGAGACGAUAACGACCCGCCGACCUUGUCGCCGUCUUCGGUCUGCGUGUCUGGUUCCUUGACGUCUGCGUCGUCGUGCGGGUCUGUCGUGGAGUCCCACACUCGCGCACCCACGCCGUCGUCCGGCUCCUUCGCUGCAGACUCGAGAGAUACGACGCGGUCGCCGACGCACUGCUCCGCCUCUUUGCCAAACGCUUGUCUGCCCUCGUGGAUGCCUGUCCCUCCGAUGGGCUUUCCGCCGUCUCCGGGGUCCGCUCAGCCGCCGUGUCCCCUCGGCUCGUACCCCUUUCCGUACAACCUCUCGCCCUGCCCAAUGUACGCCUUUCCGAUGCCCGCGACGACGGCCUUCGGGAGUCCCUAUGUCCCGCAGGCGUCGCCGUUCCUGCCGUUUCUUCAGCAUCCUUCGGAGAAAGCGGGCGCCGCGUUCCCCCACGAUGAGCUGGGGCGCGCGGCAGGUGCGAUAGACGAGCGGUCGAAGGAACGCGACCACGCGGCGCUGCGUCUCCGACCGGAGAAGGGCCUCUCGGAGGCGCGAGCGGGCCUGGCUGCGGGCAAGGACGACGAGAAGAAAAGACAGCGCGAAGGCGACGAAGACGCCAAAGGAGAGGCCGGCGCAAGUCGCGAGGGCGAAAGCGAGCGACGCAGACGGCUGAACGACAGCACCGGCCCCACAGGGGGGGGGGGAGACGAGAAGGAGGAUGAGGGCGUACGCCUAGAGGACGCGGAAGGCGCGCAGUCCGCGAACGCCAGGGCAGGCGGACGCGAAGCUGUGCGUGGCUCUGAUCGUGAAGGAGGCUCGCUCGGGCUGGCUGCUGAAAGAGCUGACGAAGGAGAGAUUCGCACAGCACGGACGAGCCAUGAGCAAGCAGUCGCCAGCAUCUCUUCCCUGCUCACUUUCUCUCCGUAUUCCUCUCUUCCCGCCUGCCUCGACGUCCCCAGAUGCAAGACGGAAGACACGGUGAGCGUGCUGCUGGACCGCUCGGCCCCGCUGUCGCCUCUGCGCACUGAGAGAACCAGUAGAACCCCCGGCGUCGCCGUUCCCCACGCGAAGGCAGAGGCUGGGAUGGGACGCGCGCGCAACGCGGUCUACGCACCUGGAGUCCCUCCUGUGCUGCCGAGCUGUCUCCCCACAGGCUUUCCCUUCUCAGCGUAUCCGUCUCCUUUCCCGCCCGACGCCGUCUCGCCCUUCCCGCACCUCUCUCCGAGCUCGGGGGCCGUCUGGCCGCCGGCGCUGCCCUCGGCCCCGGGUGCGGCGGGGCUCGGCAACGUCCGCGAGGGUGCGCAGGAGGCUGAGCGCGUGCGGGCGCCGGAGAGCGAAGAGAAAAAGAAGUCUGCGGAGGCAGAGAGCAGUGGAGAGACGCGCGACAGCGAAUACCCACGGAAGGAACGGGACGAGGGCGGCGCGACAGAGACGCCCCCAAGAGAGGACGGAGAUGCCGAGGCGCAGGCAGCGAUUCAGCGAGCCGCAGACAAAGACGACGACACCAAGGGCGAACCCUCGCCUUUACUCGAGGCGGGCGAGUCAGGCUGUCGAGACUCGCGCACAGAAGCCGCGAAUGGCGUCAACAGAGAGCGGGGGACCGUGACGUCGCCGGUCGCCGAAGAGCGUGAGAGGCCGGGGAAGCCAGCGCCUGAGCAUGCGUCGGGUAGUGAUCCCCAGUCGUCUUCCGUCAAGAAGACUCAAAAACUACGCAGCAGCUCCGUCGCGGUCGCUCGCUUUCCCCCCGCGCCGCACGCGUUCGCGUCGCCCGAGGGCGGCGCCUUGUUUCCCUCCAUGCCGCUGGCCUCGGCGGGUCUCAUGCCCCCCUCCGGGGUUUUCCAGGCCGCCCACCCCAGCGUGUCCUCGAUGAUGCCCUGCGGCAGUUUCUUCUUCCCCGGGGCGCCUUCGCCCUGCCAGAAUCUCUUCUUUCCCUCGGCGCCCACGACCCACCCCCACGCAUCUUCCUCCAGUCUCUUCCACCCCUCGUUCAUGCCGCAGUGCGCCCUCCCGGGGCCGGUGGCCGCGCCGACGAGCCCGAACUCGCCCUAG